AUGGGUAUCACCGACGUCUUUGACAAGGAGGUUCUCUCCGAAAAGGCCUGGAAGAUGCGCUGCAGGCUACUGCCCCACAAGGAAGACGUCGGCCGGCCCAUCCAGGACAUCGAGGGCAGCCUCUCGGACGAGGACCUCAAGAAGCAGCCCGCCAAGAACCCGACGUUCGGCGUCGAUGCCACCGUCAAGACCCUCUACGAGGGAAAGAACAGCUGCGGAGGCGUCUACGACUGGGUCGACUUCCCCCCCAAACAAAUGAGCAAGAAGGCCGCCGAGAGCCAGGACCGUCCUGCCAUCAAGGUCUACAAGAUCAAGGACAUGGACAAACCCAUCAUCGGCGGCCGCUUCUCCUUGGCCUACCACCAAAUCAGCAUCCAGAACCCGACUCUUGUCGCCGCCCUGGAGCCGAUACUCAAGAAAGAGGAUUUCCACAUAGACCCCAACGACACUGCAACCUUCGAGGCCCCCUUCCGUCCUUUGUUCUUCUGCUACGACGACAUCCUGGACUUGUAUAGGACAACCGACGACAGCUCGCUCAAGGGCUAUCUGCAGCUCCUCGUCCGCACUCUGGAUGACGUGCUCGGCGAGACGCGCGAGAAGAAGCGGAAGCUGCAGUCGAGCUGUCUCAUCCACUUCAAGAUGGCCUGGACAUACUUCCCGAGAGGCUCCGUCGUCUACAGCAGCGCCUGCAACACGGAGAUGCUGUGCAAGGUGGAGGGCACGGCCUACGAGAGGGCCGAGGGAACCGUGGUGCUGAAUGUCAACUGCAAGAUCCUCACCUUCAACGGCGAGACCUUCGUCUGGAGCGACCACAAGCUGCAGAUCCCAAAGUUCGCCGGCAACAGGCCGAUCCGCGACCUCGACCACUACCCCCUGCAGUUCCACGAGGACAAGGAAGGCAUGAUGCGGCGGACGCUCGCCCGGGGAACCAGGGUCCUCGACCUCCAGGGGCUGACGUACUGCACCUACACCGGCGUCGCGGUGGGCGAGAAGAGCAGGUAUAACGUGGAGGGCAGGAUCCUCGUCGACGUUGUGGGGUUCAACAAGUACGAGCGCGCCCGGGGCAAGAGGGAGCAGGACGACGCGAACACGCGGCGGAACCGCGUUGUCUCUCAUGAAGAAAUCUUCUUCUCCAACGAGGGCGCUGACGCGACGAAAGACGCCGACCCCAUCAAGACAGAGACUGGCGGCGGCAGGCAUCUCGCCGCCAAGAAGCAGCAGAGGAACAAGGAGGAGAUGCUCGCGCGGGAGGAUGACUUGGUCUUCAUGUCUCCGCUGAUUGAAGGUUUCGCUUUGAAGAACAAGGUCUGGCUGGCCUUUUACGUGGAAGACAUUGCGCCGAUUACGUGGAACGACACGGCCUACGACCACCUGGUCUACGACGAGCAGCAAAAGGACCUCGUCCUGUCGUUCGUGGAGAACCACGGCCGCGGCGGCAGGAGCGCGAUGGAGGACGUCAUCGUGGGCAAGGGGCAGGGGCUCAUCAUCCUCCUCAGCGGCCCGCCGGGGACGGGCAAGACGCUCACGGCGGAGGCGGUGGCGGACCGGACGCACCGGCCGCUGUUCUACCUGCAGGCCGAGGACCUGGGCAUCAACCCGUCGACGCUGGGGGAGAAGGUGAAGCGGGUGUUCGAGAUGGCGACCGAGUGGGACGCCGUCGUGCUGCUGGACGAGGCCGACGUCUUCAUGGCCGAGCGCAACCCCAACGACAUUGCGCGCAACGAGCUCGUGUCCAUCUUCCUGCGCGAGCUCGAGUACUUCCGCGGCAUCAUCUUCUUGACGACGAACCUGUACAACACCAUCGACACGGCGUUCCGCAGCCGCGUGAGCCUGCACCUGCUGUUCAAGGCGCUGAGCCCGGACUCGCGCGGGCUCAUCUGGCGCAAGUUCCUGGGCAGGCUGCCGCCGGCGGGGGGUGACGAGAAGGCGGACGGUCUGGUGCCGCUCUCGGACGAGGACAUCAAGGAGCUGGGACAGUGGCAGCUGAACGGGCGCGAGAUCAAGACGGCGGUCAAGAUGGUGUCCAAGUGGUGCGACCACAAGGGCUACGAGAUGAGCCUGGCGAGGCUGGAGAACGGCAUCAGGGUGACGAGCCCCCACGCGUCCAAACAGAAGCACGCGGAGGACGACGACGAUUUGUACAACUAA